GGAAGAGCUUGAUGCAGUCACCUGUCGGUGAGGUCAGUCAUGAAUGGAGACUAACUACCCUCUCAUCUUCUUCCUCCUACAGCUGCUGCUGCAAUAGUUUUCAAGGGACCUAAUUUCUACACAGUCGAAGAAUCAUUCUUUGAUUCGGCCUCUUCUCAUUCAUCAGUAGCUACGAUCAGCCAGAAAAGGUCCUUCCUUCCAUGGGGUAUCUACAGGAAGCUCGUGAAAAUCACGUCAAGAAGAAAGUAGAAGAAGCCUUGAGGAGCAAAAUGAAACAGAAGGCACUGAAAGAGUGUGACGAUUACGCUUUGAAAUACGCGGAAUGUGCUACGGGAAGAACAUUAUCCGUUGUUUGGCAAUGUCGUAAAGAGGCCAAGGAAUUGAACGCUUGCCUUCACCAAUAUACCAACGAUGCUGUCUUAGAAGAAAUGAAGAGAGAAUAUAUGGUCCAAGAAGAUGCGAAGGCCACCUCGAAGGUAUCUUCUGGCUAAGUUCAGUUUCUCAGACUCAGCUCGGACCAUGGCACCCUCUUGCAACUGGCAUAUGCACAAUUUGAUUUUUAGUGCAUGUGCCCAUAAGCCCUUUAGAUACAAACUUCCGAACUAAUAGUUUGAGGUUAUUAUGUUGCACUUUUCCGUAUUAUCAUAUUCAAGGAGAAAUGGAUAAAGAUUUGUUUCAA